AAAAAAAUUUAAGUCUUACAUUGGAAAAUAACUUUUGUUUUAGUAAGUGCAAAUUUCACUAAUAUCUUAACAUUACUUUUUUCGAGCCUAGUUAUCAUUCUUUUAUUUUCAUGGCAAAAACCAAGAUUUGUUUCUCAAGUCUCAAACAAACCGCCAGCACUGACAUUUUCCACCCGAACUCGACGCUCCUGGCGAAGCUUUUGGAUCAUUGCAUCGCCACCAGGUCACCAUUGGCAGCGCGUGCAGUGCACGGGCGCGUCCUGAAGAGCAACUUCAUCCACGAGGUCUUCAUCAGCAACCGGCUCAUCGAUGCCUAUGGGAAAUGUCGCCGCCUUCCGGACGCCUGCAAGGUGUUCGAUAAAAUGCCUGAAAAGAACACCUUCACUUGGAACUCGAUGAUCAAUGCCCUCGCAGCUUCUGGACUCCUCGAUGAGGCUGAGGAGCUGUUCGAGCUGAUGCUGGAUCGUGAUCAGUGCUCGUGGAACUUGAUGGUUUCGAGCUUUGCCCAGUGUGAAAUGUUUGAUUUGUCUGUGGAAUAUUUUGUGAGGAUGCACAAGGGCGACUUUGUUUUGAAUGGGUACUCGUAUGGUAGUGCACUAAGUGCCACUGCUGGGCUUAGGGACUUGACUGUGGGUGCUCAAAUCCACGCUUCCGUGGUCAAGUCAAGAUACUCGCUUGAUGUUUGCGUGGGCUCCGCACUCAUUGAUAUGUACUCGAAAUGUGGAAAUGUGGAGUGUGCUCAGAAGGUCUUUGAUGAUAUGAGGGAGCCCAAUGUGGUGUCGUGGAAUAGUUUGAUCACUUGUUAUGAACAAAAUGGGCCGGCAAGUAGGGCACUUGAGAUUUUAGUCAUGAUGAUGCACAGUGGGGUUGAACCGGAUGAGAUGACCUUGGCAAGCUCCAUAAGUGCUUGUGCAAGCUUGGCCUUACUCAGAGAAGGCCGUGAAAUGCAUGGCCGAGUUGUCAAGGUUCAUAAGUUUAGAGAUGACCUCAUCAUAAGCAAUGCUUUGGUGGAUUUUUAUGCAAAGUGUGGCAAGAUAAAUGAGGCAAGACGGAUCUUUGAUGAGAUGCCCGUAAGGAGUGUGGUGUCUCAUACCUCAAUGGUAAGUGGUUAUGCAAGGUCUUCAAGUGUGAAGGCGGCUAGAGCAAUGUUUCUUGGGAUGAUGGAAAAGAAUGUGGUGUCUUGGAAUGCCCUCAUAGCUGGAUAUACCCAGAAUGGAGAAAAUGAGGAGGCUUUAAAUCUCUUUCUUUUGUUAAAACGGGAGAGUGUUUGGCCAACGCAUUACACUUUUGGGAACCUCCUAAACGCAUGUUCAAAUCUCUCCGAUCUUAGACUCGGAAGGCAAGCUCAUGCACAUGUUUUGAAACAUGGUUUUUGGUUCCAACAUGGCCCGGAGCCCGAUGUUUUUGUUGGGAAUGCUUUGAUAGACAUGUAUAUGAAAUGUGGAUCGGCUGAAGACGGCAGACGUGUUUUUGAAAACAUGAUCGAAAGAGAUUGGGUUUCGUGGAAUACAACAAUAGUGGGGUUUGCACAAAACGGGAAAGCAAUUGAAGCUCUUGAGAUCUUCAAUGAUAUGUUGAUGUUGGGAGAGAAACCAGAUCAUGUCACAUUUAUCGGCGUUCUUUGCGCGUGCAGCCACGCGGGACUUGUUGAAGAGGGUCGUCGUUAUUUUUAUUCUAUGGGAUGGAAGUAUGAAUUGGAACCUCUGAAAGACCACUACACAUGCAUGGUCGAUUUACUUGGUAGGGCCGGUUGUCUAGACGAAGCAAGGAGUUUGAUAGAAUCAAUGCCAAUGUCUCCAGACGGUGUUGUGUGGGGAUGUUUGCUCUCUGCUUGUAAAACCCACGGGGACGUAGAGUUGGGUAUGCACGUAGCUGAGAAGCUUCUGGAGAUUGAGCCUGAAAACUCAGGUCCCUAUGUCCUUUUAUCAAACAUGUAUGCAGAGAGAGGGCACUGGAAAGACGUUACAAGAGUACGUAAACUGAUGAGAGAGCGUGGGGUUGUUAAGCAGCCUGGUUGCAGUUGGACUGAGAUACAAAGUCAGGUUCAUGUUUUUAUGGUUAAAGAUGGAAAGCACCCACGGAAGGAGGAGAUAUAUCUGUCGUUGAAGACUCUCACCAAAUUGAUGAGGCUGUUUGAGCUUGAGCCUGAUUUGGAAUGAUACGGUUUCCAUUCUUUUGGGUUCAUGCACAGAGUUUCAGUCAAGAUGAGAACACUGCUCAUGAUUAGUUUGCAGAGAUUUAUCGGCAGAAUUGUCUAAGAAUCCUGGCCGAGUAACUUGUAGCCCCCAUCUCAAUAACUCAGUUAAAGUCUCACAAGGGGGUGUAUGCUACACUGACCUUACCCCUACCUUUUCAAGGUAGGAAGGGUAUUUCUAGAAGACUCUGGCUCAGGCACAAAAGACAAAGACAAAGGUUUGAAUGAAGAGGAGAAAAGGAAGAUUAGAGCAUGUAGAGCAUCACCAGGCAAAUAUCUAAUUACAUCUAACUAAUGUAAUUAGACCCGAGUUCUAUUCCUGGACAGCACUGAAAGGAUGCAAACGGGAAGGCCUUUCUAUAUCUACUCAAACACUUGAAGAAGUUCUGCCAAUAAACAAAAACAGUAAAAGCAAGGACCAUGGACUUCAAUUUUCAGCCUCUGCAAGUCACUUCAAUGGCCAAUGCCCACAAUUGAUGCAUCCAACACUAAAUCAAAGUCUCCGAUUAUAUUUGGCCAAGGCUCUGAAAGGAGGACAUGGUGUAACAGUUUCCUAUCCUGAAUUGCAUUGUCGACUCCAAACAUCAGAAUGUUCGAACUCGGCAAAAAACAACCUGAUAAGAAGAGGGAUUUCGCUGCUCUAGCUAUGCUUUGUGAAGUUGAACAACAAUGGAAAGAUCAUCGUUUGUAAAGAGCAAUCAAAUCUCAGGUUUUGAACCAAAACAUUACAUUUCUGACAGGGAAACUAAGUUGGUUUUGGAUUUAAACGUCUGUAAACUAAGUGUGCUCAUCUUGCAGUAUUAUGUACAGAUGGAAAAUGCUAAAGUCACCCCAACUCUCAACCCACCUUUCACUCCAACCGUCUCACGGAUAUCCACGGACAUUGAACAAUAAGGGGUGUUUAUAUAU